AUGAAACAUCGUUGUCGUUACAAUUUCCUUGAACGGCGCACGUUCGGGGCUUUCCGAGACUUACGCACACAUUCGCCCUUAUUCAUUCUGCAGCUGCAAACACCGAUACAACACAAAUGCGUUCUCAUGUUAAGUUCUAAAAUGCAAGUGGAUCUAAAAAAAUGUUCCUGUUUCUCUGGUCGAGCAAAAUGUCUUGUUAUCGGAUAUUUGCAUUUGCUAUCGAGUCUGUUUGACAUCGGAUGCCACUUGCUGCUUGUCUCCAUUGUCACUAGCGGCUUCCAAUGCGAUAUGGACGUCAACAACCUCCUCAAAAUAGACAUGUCGUGGUUUCCGCCGCUUUUGAUUUUCAUCAACUUGGGAACGCACGGCUUUUAUCCGUUUCCGAUGAUCCUGUCACCUGUGAACAGCGCGUACUCCGAGCCAACAGUGAUACAGCCCAAAUGCUACCCAGGGAUGCUGCACGUGUACUUGAUUGACGUCCUCAAUUUCUUGAUAAACGUCAUAUGGUUGAGGCUAGUCAUUUCGUUUAUCUCUGCCGUGCAUAAGAAAGACCCAGAACAAAUGCGAAUGUUCUUCGGCCUGUCGAUAGUUAAACUCACACUGCAAGUGUUUUAUCUCGUGUUCCAACCGAACUUCCGCGCUCGGGCGUCCGAUGCGUUCUGGUUCUUGCAGCUCCUGGAUAUUUGUAUCGCCGCUACCUUUUUGAUAAUAAUCAACAACUACAUAAGAACGCUGAGAGCGGAGAAGGCGCAAGCAAUCAGAGAUCAGCCGCCUUCCUACAUCGAAUGCCUCAUAUCCAGCCCUGCAAACGAUCAAAAGAUAGGCAAAAAAGAGUUGGACAAAGCACAGCCGUCGCAGGAGACCAAAAAGGGGGAUGCCCCGGCAAUCUUACCAAUU